AUAAACAACUUCCAAAUCUCACACAAAACCUAAAACAUGUUGGAACAAUCAUUAACAUCAUCAUCACCAACAUUCUGGGCUGGUCUCUACAGCUGGUUUACUCCCACCAUCUUCUUCCUCCUCCUUCAACUUGUCAUAGCUACCAUUUACAUCACUUCCACUCUUGCCAAUGCCACCCAAAAACAUCUCCAACAACAAGAUCCUAACUUUCAACAACCCCAUCACCAACAACUCUUUAGAUCUCCUUCUGUUUUACAAAGACUCAAAUCCAUCAACUUUUACUCUUACCAACCUUAUAGAUCCCAACAAGAACAACCUCAACAAUAUCAACAACUUCAAACGUACGAAAAUGAAAUCCAUGUUCCUCAACUUGCUAGAUCUCCUUCUGUUUUACAAAGACUCAAAUCCAUUAACCUUUAUAGUUACUUACCUACACAACCCUUCACUACAAAGCUCUCACCCGACAACAGUAACAACGUUUUCACUCAUGAAACUCAUAAACAACACGUGGAAGUUAAGGAAACAGAGGAGGAACAUGAGGAAGAUGAUGUUUUGGGACAUAUAAGAGACAACCUAGGAGGAAGCUACGAAGAAGAGGGACAUGUUUCUAUAGAAGAGGUUUUCAUGAAGUUGCAAGGCCAAGGAGGUAAUUUCACAAGGACACAUUCAGACACUAAGCCGGAUUCCGGGGAGGUUCCGGUGAAGCUGUCGAGGAAGAUGAAGAAAUCUGCUAGCAGUAAAUCUGCUUUUUCACAUUUUAAGGAAGAUGACAUUGUGGAGAAACGCCGGCCAGCCACCGUGAAAGAGGCGAAGGUUGUUCCGGCUGCAGUGGAUGAGGAUGAGUUGGUUGAUUCUAAGGCUGAUGAUUUCAUCAACAAGUUUAAGCAGCAGUUGAAGUUGCAGAGGAUUGAUUCUAUUAUGAGGUAUAAGGAUAUGAUUAACAAAGGAAGUAGCAAGUAAAUUAAGAUUAAUUAAUAAUCAUGAUUAUGAUAAUGAUAAUAUAGUUUCAUUGCUACAUUUUGUGGUUGUAUGGCUAGUAUAAUAUAAUUAUUAUUUUCUGUUAAUUUAGCUAAUUUAGGGGUUUCAUGUUCUUGUGAUGUAAAAUUAGUGAUUUUUUGUCGGUAACUACAAUUCAGAUGGUAAAAAACUGCAGAAACAUUUAAUAUGUUGAGAAGCGAGUUUGAAGUCGCAAUUCUCCAUUUAUAUGUAUUUAGUGUGUGCAAAACAAAUUAGUGAUUUUAAAAAAAUCUAUUAUUACUAGUGAUUUUGUGAAGUGGAAUGGUGAGUGUUCUUAGUUCAUUUCA